AUGGCGACCUUUGUGAUGCAAGCUAUGGGCUGUGAGGUUGCUGCAUUAAACACAGUUCACUUCAGUAACCAUACAGGCUAUCGCCAAUUCAAAGGGACGAAGUCAUCAGCUCAGGAAAUAGCUUCUCUGUAUGAUGGUUUGCGGCAGAGUUAUUUGACUGAUUUUGACGUGCUAUUGACCGGCUAUGCGCCGAGCGCAACUGCAGUGGAGGCUGUCGGAGCAAUUGGCAUGGAUCUCAGAAAGAAAUCUCUCCAGCAGCCUGGUUCCUUCUUCUGGGUUCUCGACCCGGUGAUGGGAGACCAAGGGCGCAUAUACGUCAAUGAAGACGUGGUGCCUGCUUACAAGGACUUAAUCCCACACGCGGAUUUAAUAUUACCAAAUCAAUUUGAAGCUGAACUUCUUUCGGGGAUAAAAAUUUUGUCCUUGGCGAACCUGGCUGAUGCAAUUGCCGCCAUCCAUCGCAUCUACAACGUUCCACACGUUAUUGUAACCUCAGUACAGCUUCCUAGCGCCACGUCGUCAUCAUCGUCGUCGUCGGCAUCCCUGGCAACCGCGGAUGGUUCCGUCAGCACCCAAGACCACAGAACAAACGCACUUAUGAUAGUCGGCUCGACAAUGAGAUCCGAUGGUUCGGCGCGCCUCUUCAAGAUAGAUGUCCCAUUUUUGGAUUGUUUCUUCAGCGGGACGGGUGACAUGUUUGCUGCAUUAACGGUCGCAAGGCUUCGCGAAGCUGUCUUUGCCGCUGAACCCACAUCACCCCCAUUACGUGAAACUCGUGCGUGGGUAUCUCCUGAUCACGUUUUAGCCACAGAUUUGCCCUUGGCGAAGGCGACCGAAAUUGUCCUCGCUAGCAUGAAUGCGGUUUUAGAAAGGACUAUGCUGGCCAGAAGUGCGGAGCUAGCAAAGUACGUGAAACAGGACGAACAAGACCCCGAAUUAGCAGGGAUGCCGGACGUUGAGCGCAAAGCUGCUGUUGAAAAGAGAGCGUAUCUCCGUCGGACGAAAGCUGCAGAAAUCAGGCUUGUACGCAACGUGGAUUUGCUGAAAAGUCCGGUAAUCAAAUAUUUCGCCCAGGAAUGGUCCCAAUGA